AGCUGUCCGACAACCCCGGCGUCCACGAGCCGGGUGAGCCUGAAUUUAAAUACAUCGGGAACAUGCAUGGCAAUGAGGCGGUCGGACGGGAGCUGCUGAUUUUCCUGGCGCAGUACCUGUGCAACGAAUACCAGAAGGGGAAUGAGACAGUGGUCCAGCUGAUCCACAACACGCGGAUCCACAUCAUGCCUUCCCUCAACCCCGACGGCUUUGAGAAGGCAGCAUCCCAGCCCGGGGAGCUCAAGGACUGGUUCGUGGGUCGAAGCAAUGCCCAGGGGAUAGAUCUGAACCGGAACUUUCCUGACCUGGACAGGAUAGCUUAUGUUAAUGAGAAAGAAGGUGGUCCAAAUAAUCAUCUGCUGAAAAACCUGAAGAAAAUUGUGGAUCAAAACACAAAGCUUGCUCCUGAGACCAAGGCUGUCAUUCAUUGGAUUAUGGAUAUUCCUUUUGUGCUCUCGGCCAAUCUGCAUGGAGGAGACCUCGUGGCCAAUUACCCAUAUGAUGAGACGCGGAGUGGCAGUGCCCAUGAGUAUAGCUCCUGCCCCGAUGACGACAUCUUCCAGAGCCUGGCGCGGGCGUACUCGUCCUUUAACCCCCCGAUGUCGGACCCGGACCGGCCCCCGUGUCGCAAGAAUGAUGACGACAGCAGCUUCGUGGAGGGAACCACCAAUGGCGCCGCGUGGUACAGCGUGCCUGGCGGAAUGCAAGACUUCAACUACCUCAGCAGCAACUGCUUUGAGAUCACCGUGGAGCUUAGCUGUGAGAAGUUCCCGCCCGAAGAGACCUUGAAGAGCUACUGGGAGGAUAACAAGAACUCCCUCAUUAGCUACAUCCAGCAGAUACACCGAGGAGUUAAAGGAUUUGUCCGAGACCUUCAAGGUAACCCAAUUGCCAACGCAACCAUCUCCGUGGAAGGAAUAGACCAUGACGUCACAUCCGCCAAGGAUGGUGAUUACUGGCGACUGCUGGUACCUGGAAACUAUAAACUUACAGCCUCUGCACCGGGCUAUCUGGCAGUAACAAAGAAAGUGGCGGUUCCUUAUAGCCCUGCUGUCAGGGUCGAUUUUGAACUGGAGUCAUUUUCUGAAAGGAAAGAAGAGGAGAAGGAAGAAUUGAUGGAAUGGUGGAAAAUGAUGUCAGAAACUCUAAAUUUUUAAAAAAGCUUCUAAUUAGCUGCUUUUAAUCUCUAUAUAAUGUAGUAUGAUAUAAUGUAGUCGUUUUCUUUUAGAUUUUGUGCAGUUCAUAUUUAACAUUGAUUUAUUUUUUACGCAUUUAAAUAUUAAUAGACAUUACAUAAAUAGACUCUUAGGUAAAAAUAUAAGAACUUGGUCUAUAACAUACAUUUUUCCUACAUACAUGACACGGAGGACCAUAAAGAGAUUUCAGUGAUUUUGCCAUUUUAGGCUUAGAUGCAAUAUUUCACAUGUUAUUUACAGUAGAGAACUUUUUAAGUAAUUCUAGCUUUUAAAAAUUAGUGAGGCCUUUUAAUGUAAUCGGUGACAGUAUCACGUAAUGAAUGCCAUUGGAAAGGUCAACAGCUACAGCUUGAGUUGUGAACACAAUAUAUUGCAAGAUUUAAUUAGUCCAGUGUAAAUCGCCAUUUGUCUCUUGUGCUGACCAGCUACAUAAGCAUGAUCUUGUUACUGCAUUCUUGACGGGAAGAAAAUGUAAAUGUUUAGCAAGAGGUUUUACGAAGGGAAUAGAAAUUGACUUCUUGCUUGUUCAUAUGGGGGCACUGCUAUGGUAUUAUUCAGUCUGUUAACACUACUUCGGAGUGUAGGGUUUCUCUUGGUGGUAGAUUGUCCCAGAAUUGCAUUCUGAAUGAAUAAAGGUUAAAAAAAAAUC